AUGGAUCAUUACUCUUCGGCCCUCGGUGACGACGCUUCGCGCGUCGGAGACUUGGGUCCAAGGCUCAGGGACCUAGAUAUCGGCGGUAGUGGACCUCGACCUCGCAUGCAUGACGACGAAGACGACGGUUCCGACUUUGAGGACGAUGACCUUGAGAGUACUGUGGGUGGACCGGCCAAUGGAAACCCAAAGGGCGAGGGCUAUGCUGAGGAGGACAAAGAGCUUCCUGAGCAUGCUUGCGCGUACUGCGGCAUCCAUAACCCGAGCAGCGUGGUGAAGUGUCUUCCUUGCAACAAGUGGUUUUGCAGUGCGCGGGGAAAUACGUCUUCGUCACAUAUCGUCAAUCACCUUGUUCGCGCGCGCCACAAGGAAGUUCAGCUACACCCCGCUUCGUCCCUCGGCGAUACGAUCCUCGAAUGCUAUAACUGCGGUACCAAGAACGUCUUUCUCCUCGGUUUCAUUCCUGCCAAAUCGGAUACUGUCGUUGUUCUUCUUUGUCGCCAGCCAUGUGCCGCUAUGCCUUCCUCUAAGGAUAUGAACUGGGAUACUUCACGCUGGCAGCCGCUUAUUGAAGAUCGGUCGUUCCUGCCUUGGCUUGUGGGUACCCCCACGGACCAGGAACAGCUCCGAGCUCGCCAUCUUAGUCCACAAUUGAUCGCUCGACUGGAAGAACUCUGGAAGGAAAAUUCGCAAGCUACACUGGAAGAUCUCGAGAAAGCCACUGCCGUAGAUGACGAGCCGGCACCGGUUCUACUGCGCUACGACGAUGCUUACCAGUACCAGAACAUUUUCGGCCCGCUCGUUAAGAUUGAAGCCGACUAUGACCGUAAGCUCAAAGAAUCUCAAUCGCAAGAUGGCCUUAUCGUGCGGUGGGACCUAGGUCUCAACAACAAGCAUCUUGCAAGCUUUGUUCUCCCCAAGCUUGAAUUGGGAGAUGUGAAGUUGGCGGUUGGCGAUGAAAUGCGCUUGAAGUACACUGGCGAGCUUCGCUCUAAGUGGGAAGGUGUUGGCUAUGUGAUCAAAAUCCCAAACAACCAGUCGGAUGAAGUUACGAUCGAAUUGCGCUCCAAGGGCGAUCAUAAGUCGGUACCCACUGAAUGUACUCACAACUUCACUGCCGACUACGUCUGGAAAUCGACAUCAUUCGAUCGUAUGCAAGGUGCUAUGAAGAACUUUGCCAUCGAUGAUCAGAGCGUUUCCGGUUACAUCUUCCACCGUCUUUUGGGUCACGAGGUUGCAGCAGCUCCCAUGAAGACCCAGAUCCCGAAAAAAUUCAGUGUUCCUGGCCUUCCUGAUCUGAACAGUAGUCAGAUUAACGCCGUGAAGAGUCUUGAUCCAGGGACCCCAGGGACUGGUAAAACCGUUACUUCGGCUACUAUUAUCUAUCACCUGGCGAAAAUCAACGGCGGUCAAGUCCUGGUCUGUGCUCCUUCCAACGUCGCGGUUGAUCAAUUGUGUGAGCGCAUUCAUCGGACUGGUCUCAAGACGGUCCGUGUGACUGCUAAGUCGCGCGAAGAUGUGGAGUCCCCCGUUGGAUUCCUAUCUUUGCACGAGCAAGUGCGCAUGAAUGAUAGCAAUAUCGAGCUUGUCAAACUCAACCAGCUGAAGUCUGAACUCGGUGAACUUUCAAGUCAAGAUGAGAAGCGACUGAAGCAACUCACUCGCGCUGCCGAGCGCGAAAUCCUGACCAACGCCGAUGUCAUCUGCUGCACCUGCGUUGGAGCUGGUGACCCGCGAAUCUCCAAGUCUAAGUUCCGGACGGUUCUCAUAGACGAGUCUACCCAGUCUGCGGAGCCAGAAUGCAUGAUUCCCUUGGUCUUGGGCUGCAAACAGGUUGUACUAGUCGGUGAUCACCAGCAACUUGGUCCUGUCAUCAUGAACAAGAAAGCAGCCAAGGCCGGUUUGAACCAGUCUCUUUUCGAGCGUCUUGUCAUUUUAGGCUGCGCGCCCAUCCGACUGAACGUUCAAUACCGUAUGCAUCCUUGUCUUUCCGAGUUCCCAUCGAACAUGUUCUACGAAGGAUCGCUGCAGAAUGGUGUCACUAACCAAGAACGUAUUGCUCGCGACGUUGAUUUCCCAUGGCCAAUGAUCGAGCAGCCUAUGAUGUUCUGGUCCAACCUAGGUAACGAGGAAAUCUCUGCUUCUGGAACCUCGUACCUUAACCGCACUGAAGCCACUAAUGUGGAGAAGAUUGUUACACGAUUCUUCAAAGCAGGUGUGCAGCCCGCAAAUAUUGGUAUCAUUACUCCAUAUGAGGGACAGCGGAGCUACGUUGUCAGCUCUAUGCAGGCCAACGGUACUUUCAAGAAGGAAAACUACAAGGAGAUUGAAGUAGCGUCGGUCGAUGCGUUCCAGGGACGAGAGAAAGAUUACAUUAUCCUGUCGUGUGUGCGUUCCAACGAUCAUCAAGGGAUAGGUUUCUUGAGCGAUCCCCGUCGUUUGAACGUUGCCCUUACUCGUGCCCGAUUUGGUCUGGUGAUCCUUGGUAACCCGAAGGUGCUUUCCAAGCACCCUCUGUGGAAUUACCUUCUGCAGCACUUUAAGGAACGGCACUGUCUGGUCGAGGGUCCCUUGUCUAACCUGCAGGAGUCUCUGAUCCAGUUCAGCCGUCCUAAGCAGGCCUACAGAGGUCCACAGCGCUUCCAGAUGUCGUUUAACCAAGUACCCAGCAUGAACAACAGCGUGGUGAACGGACGCAACGGUCAACGUAAUGAGUAUCACGACUCAGGCUCUGUUAUUGGUUAUAUCCCUGAUGAUGUUUCCUCUGUCCACUCUUCUGCUCUCGGCGGCGGUGUUGGCCUUCCUUCCGGAUAUCCGCCGAUGUUCCAAAAUUUCACGGAUGCUUGGCCGUCUCUCUCCGGUCGUCGUCCCAAUGGUGGCCGGGCAAAGGCGCGCCCAUCAGUUGCUGCUACCGAGUCGGAUGUCACCGGAAGUAUUGUCGACGGCAGGAGCGUCGAUCAAGGUGGCGUUAGUCUCACAAGCAUGAGCCUCAAUGACAUGACAAAGCAGCCCAGCCUAAGUCAGUCCGAUCGUCUGAAGCGCUACGUGGAGUCCGGCGGGCGUGAACUUUACCGUGGCGGAGUCCCCGACAAUGGCAGCAUCUUCGGUGGCAGUUCUGCUAGCAUUCGUGUCACCCGUGGCACCCCAGGCCACAAGAUUCAUGAUGACGAUGACGCACGCAGCGUAUCAACUGCUUUUGCCAGCCAGGUCGGCGGUAACUACGACUGA